AUGAGGGUAAGCGCGACCACCUUCGCCUACCUCACAGUCGGCACGAUCGCUCGUGUGUUACUCGCCUCCGACACCACCGUCACCGCAGCCGGCAUCAAAUGGGACGAUGCAGUGAAAUCUGGGGCAAACCUCUUCUUCGGCAUGCAAACCGACGACCGCAAAGCAUCGUUCUUCUUCAAGACCGACCCGUACGUCCAAGACCCUACCAUCCAGACAGUCCAGAGCAGCCACGACGGCGACAUGAAGGAAGAUUUCAUCAAGUGGGGCUACCAGGAAGAUGAGGCUCAGAACGCGAAGAUUGACAAAGAGUGCGACUUUGAGGCGUACCACCGGAUGAAGCGUGCGUUCGAUGAGCUGGGCAUUAACACGGCGUCAAAGGCCAAUGGAGGCCCGAAUCAGUGCGUCCAGCUGGACCAUCGAGAUGGAGCGACAGUAGUGCGCGACAAAGACAAUAAGCUACCGCCCACCGACGAGCAGAGAUACAUCGAUGAGAGCUGCGGAAAAGAGUACCGGGAGACUGGCGGUACCUUCCAAUUUGGCAUCAACGGCCAAGACGGCCUGGUCGCGCUCAUCAACGUGAUCAGCCCAGCAUAUAGUGCGAACCGCCUCUGGCAGCGCAAACCCUCAUCCGACGAACUCCCGCAGAUCCGCUCGAUAUCCGACGUCGCUUGGGGCUUCUGGAAUCGCGCGGGUAAUAUCCAGGGAAUCAAGUACUUUCUAGUAACUAUGAUCUUAAACGAAGAUACGCGCAACAUCAUCCGGCAGGCACACGAGACGCUCGAGCCGAAGAGGAGUGAGACGGCGAUCUGGCCGGGGUUUGAGUUUAGGACUGAUACUCCUGCUGGACAAGCUAUUCUCGGCUCUCCAGUCGCGCGAUGGGCUGGCUACUUCCUCAUGCAGCACAAGAAGCAACUCGGCGAGAACAAGUACAUCUCCAAGCUACGCGUAUUCAAGCCGGACGUCGGGUCGUUGCCGAAUAUACUGUUCUACGUUGAGACUGCGCCGCCAAUUAAGCCUGGGUCGAGGGCGCGGGAGGUGGGACUGCGUGGAAGCAGUGCGAUCGUGUCACAGAUUGCGAAGCACGAUAUCGACAGCAAGAAUGUUGUCCGAGAGCACAUCUUUCGGGUGUAUUCGUGA